UGUAUAUGUGAUUGUUGGUGGAGUUAGUUACAGAACAAAGGGGCACAAGUUAAAAUCUUGCCUAGGGCAUCAAGUCGGUUAGGGCAGGCUGACUAAAUUAUUUUGUGCAAUAACAACCUCGCUUUGCUUAAAUCCGUUGCUGCAACCAUCAUGAUUGCUAACUCUUAAAUUUGCAGGAAACAGCUUAUACCGACUAGAGUUAAAAUGUUCCUUUGUCUACUCUUGUAAAACACAAUGUAAACAUUGUAUAUAUUCACACUGUUAUUCUAAAACUGGGCUAGUAAUAGACUCCAUCUCCAGGUCUUCCCAGCUCUCAUCAGAUGUGUAUGUAUAGCUGUGAUGAGGACGUUACAUCACUUGCAGUGCAGCCAGACGCCAGCAGCAGCAUCCAGCUCGAAGGUAACGCGGCGCGUAAACCCGGCUGGCCAUAUUGUGCACGAGCUCCCCGGUAAAUCGGCUGCGUCACACCUUAAAAGCACAUAGGAGCACCGGAGCCACAGAGCCACCCUCAUCAAGAGAAAUACGCUGUUUCCAUACACUACAUUCGUCUGAGCUGGUUGGUGUUAAAGUGCAAGGAAAAUGGUUAAACUGGGGAAUAAUUUCAGCGAGAAAAAUAACGGGAAGGUGGUCUCUGAGGACGGGUUUGACACCAUUCCUCUUAUAACUCCGUUAGAUGCCAGCCAGCUGCAGUUUCCUCCACCUGAUAAGGUGGUGGUGAAGACAAAGGCAGACUAUGAUGCUGAGAGCAAGAAGGGGAAGCUACGAUCUCCUAAAAUUGCAGAGUUCUCCAUAAGCAUCAUUGAAGGCGUAUCAGAGCGACUCAAAGUGACGUUGCUGGUGAUCUGUGCCCUGGCCUUCCUGGUGUGUGUGGUGUUCCUGGUUGUCUACAAAGUCUAUCAGUAUGAGCAGCCCUGCCCUGACAGCUUUAUCUACACGCAAGGCCGCUGCAUGCCGGCCGGGAUGUAUGGUGGCUACCCCCCUCAGGGCCCUGGGGGCCGCGGACGCCUCUUCACUCUCAUCAACCACUACAACCUUGCCAAGCAGACCAUCACUCGGUCAGUAUCACCGUGGAUGACCAUCAUGUCAGAGGAGAAGGUCACACAGCAGGAGACGGAGACUGCCCAGAAACUGGCUUAACCAACCUGAGAUCAGGAGGCAGUCUCACCUGCUGCAGAAAUAAAUAAAUAAUGUGGUUGUGCCAUUCAAGCAAACCUCAGAGAGUCCCGUGGCUUUCUGUAGGUGAAAAAUCUACUUUCUCGUUGCCUGAGGUGCUCUGCUGCCCUGUUGAUGUAGUUUGGUCUGCUGAUGUGUGCUGUAGCAGGAAAUCUGUGGAAACUUUGAACAAGCCUUGCAGUUUGGUGGAUUUAUGGUUUGUUUGAAUCGCAUAUGUUGUUAUUUAUUUACACUUAAAAACAGAGUGGUGAAUGUGUAGAUAAUGCCACCAAAAUACACACAGACACACACUCACUGUCUUUGUACAUACACACAUGUAACAGAACUCACUUUAGUACUCACAUUGUGAAAUGACUGUGAACCAUGUAUUGUCUGCGUCGCUUGUUUUAACACACAUGCACGCAGGACUUUGAAAACAAUCAGUUUGCUCUGAACCUCUUUUCUUUUCAAACUCAUCAAGUACUGUUAGUGCAUGUCAGACCUCAGCAGGUGGCACAUUCUUCAGUGGGCUACACUGUUUGCAGCCUAUUACCACUUGGGUCAUCUGUAUUAAACUCUUUUAUGAUCAUCACAAUAUUGUGAAUAUAUGAGGCUUGACCUGAAGGUAACCUUUUAACCAGCGAUACAAAUUACAGUUUUAAUGAUGUGGUUUUGAAGCAGCCCAAUUGCAAGGUGCUGUUAUGGAGUUCUUAGUAUUUCAUGCUUCAAAUCUUUUCAACCAGCAUUUAUGAUUGUCUCUAUUCAGUUGAACUCUUUGUGAACACCAUGUGCUUUUUUGCCUACUCAUUCAAUGGUUACUUUUCUUGCAUACAGUUUAUGCCACUAUACUGAAUGUUUUUGCAUUCCUAGUGAAGACACGGUAUUGUGCAAUGCUUUGCAUUGAUAAAUGUCACCAUUACUGAUGGCUGUUUGUAGCCAUCACAGAUACUAGACUUAGGUUGAUGUAGUGAAACAAUCUGACAAUAGUUGCUUGUCCUGUUGCUUUUUUCUGUAUUUGUCUUUUAACUUAGACCGUCACAAAUGAUGUACCUUUUUCAAACAAUGUAAUGAUUGCCAUUGAAGUGCAUUUGCUACAUAAAAUUGUCAAAUGAAAAACUGAAAUAAAGUGCCCAUAUUUCAU